GAAGAAGAAGAAGAAGAAGAAGAAAGAAGAAGAAAAAGAAAAACACCGGCCGUGUUCGCGGGAAGGACUGGUUGGUUGCAGGCGAAGACGAGUGCCGGUGGCCAUGGAGAUCUCUGCAAAUUCUCUCUACAUUUUGGCAACCCUUCAUCUCUUCCUCCUCGUUUAUCUUCCGUUCACGGCCGCCGACUCCAAUGCAGAUAAUUCCACCUCGAGAUCUGGAUCCACCUCCUGCAACAACGAGUUCCAAUCGGUUUUAGUGAAGAACUGGGUCGAUGGUGUUGAAGGUGAAAGCCUGGUUGGAUUGAGUGCUAAAUUUGGUGCAAUAUUACCACGUCAGAGACGCGAUGCUCUAAAAUUGCCUGUUGUUUUUGCAAAUCCCCUGAGUUGCUGUUCAAGUUCCUCCUCUAAGCUAUCCAACUCUAUAGUUGUAUCUACGCGUGGAGAUUGUGCCUUCACAACUAAAGCACAAGUUGCACAAUCAGAAGGUGCAUCUGGCUUAGUGGUGAUAAAUGACAAUGAAGAACUUUAUAAAAUGGUGUGUUCUGGCAAUGAUACAUCUCUUAACAUUAUCAUUCCUGUUGUGAUGAUUCCAAAGUCAGAAGGAGACACUAUAAAGAAACCAAUGGAAGCUGGUAGAAAAGUGGAGCUUCUGCUGUAUUCUCCAGAUCGUCCAAUUGUGGACUUAUCAGUGAUCUUCUUAUGGAUGAUGGCUGUUGGGACCAUUCUCUUGGCAUGUUUGUGGCCAGAUAUUGUUGCACGCAAGAAAGAUGAUGAGCACUAUAAUCAAUUGUCUCCUAAGGAWUCUUCCAAUGCUGGGACAGCCAAGGGUGACUCUGAGAAUGAAAGUGUGGAUAUUAAUGCAACAGGUGCCAUAGCUUUUGUGAUAUCAGCAUCCACAUUUCUUGUACUGUUCUACUUUUUCAUGUCAUCAGGAUUCGUAUGGUGUCUGAUUGUACUCUUUUGCAUUGGUGGUGUUGAGGGAAUGCAUAUGGUCAUUGUAAGUCUGGUCCUAAGGAUAUCCGAAAACUGUGGGCAGAAGACUGUAAACCUUCCCCUUCUUGGGAGUGUAUCAUUUCUAUCUCUAGGAGUAUUACCCUUUUGUAUUGCAUUUGCAGUUUUUUGGGCUGUAAAACAGCAGGCAUCAUAUGCCUGGAUUGGUCAAGAUGUUCUUGCUAUCUGUUUGAUGCUUUCAGUUCUGCAAACAGCUCGAUUACCAAAUAUCAAGGUUUCUUCAGUGCUUCUUUGUUGUGCAUUUUUUUAUGACAUAUUUUGGGUCUUCUUGUCUCCACUUAUAUUCCAUGAAAGUGUUAUGAUUGCGGUUGCCCGUGGCAGUCAUAGUGGUGGAGUGGCCAUUCCUCUGCUUUUGAGAAUCCCUCGAUAUUUUGAUCCCUGGGGUGGAUAUAAUAUGGUUGGCUUUGGGGACGUUCUUUUCCCUGGUUUGCUUAUUUCCUUUACUUACAGAUAUGACAAAUCAACUAAGAAGAGUACUCUAAAUGGAUAUUUUCUUUGGGUGAUGAUUGGAUAUGGAACUGGCCUUUUUCUUACAUACCUUGGCUUGUAUCUAAUGGAUGGGCACGGUCAACCGGCCCUUCUAUACCUUGUUCCAUGUACACUAGGGCUUACUGUUGUCUUGGGUMUGUUGAGAGGUGAGCUGAAAUCUCUGUGGAGCUAUGGAACUGAUGAAUCUCCUACCAGUGGACCUUCUUCAACCAGUGGAUCUGCUGGACAAGCCUGAAGCAGGUUUGCUGUUUCUCCAAAGAAAGAUAAUGGCCAAACCCCUUGGAUCUCCUGGGAAUUGCCAACAUAGUAGAUGCUGGGUUAGGGGACGCCCAUUCUCUGUUGCCUAUCCGACAAGAAUCAGAUCCCUUCGUAGAGUUCAUAUUUCAUGGAUGAACUGAAGUAUGUAGUUUCGCUUGAACACCUAGAUAUGGAUGUUAGCUGUUUGUAACUAAUUAAUGUGUUCUGUUCCAGUACCCAAAUGCUAAAUGCAGAAACCACAAAAAGACCAUAGAACAAACUUUUCUCUUUCUUUACCUGUUUUGCAAUGUUUCCUACUUGGCCAAGAACUUCUUAGCUCUUUGAAGAGAGCAAGGCCAAUGCCAUCAUACUUUAAGAUUUGUAUUUCAGACAAGUGGCUAUC